GUAUGUCCAUCAGCAGAGGCCCAGGACCCUUUUCCAGCGCUGGGGUCGAAUGCCGUCCUCUCCCCUCAGAGCCUGGUUUUGGAAACGCUCAGCAAACUCAGCACCCGGGACGCCAACGUGGAUUUGAUUCUCGCGGCUCCCCCCAUCAGCCGCUUGGAGACGCUGUACAGCACCCUGCUGCGUUUCCUCCGCGACAGAAAGAGCGCGGUGUGCCGAGAGAUGGCCGUGGUCCUGCUGGCCAGCUUGGCACAGGGACACAGCCUGGCAGCGAGAGCGAUUGCUUUGCAGGAGAGGAGCAUUGGCGACUUGCUGGGCUUCUUGGAGGACAGCCUGGCCGCCGCGCGGUGCCAGCAGAGCCAGGCCGGCCUGGUGCACGAGCAGAACGCGCCCUGCGAGCCGGUGAGCGUGGACAUGAUGCGCCGAGCUGCUCGGGCGCUGCUCGCCCUGGCUGAGGUGGACGAGAGCCGCUCGCAGUUCACGCUGCACGAGUCGCGGCUGUUGGACAUCUCCGUGUCGCCCGCGGUGGAUUCCUUGGUCUCCCAAGUGAUCUGUGAGGUGCUGUUCUUAAUUGCCCGGCCCUGACAGCUGCGGGGUGCAGCUCACCCUGUGUGAGUGUGUGUCAGCGGAGAACUGAGAAGCCAACGGUUGCCCUUUAUUUAUGCACAACCACCUUGGGGAAUCCACUGCCUGCGCUGUCCUGCUUCUCCCUUGGAGGAUGAUGUCCCCAUUCCCUUUCCCCUUCUCCUGUUCUUCAAAUUUGUCCUAAAUCCCCAAAAUCCCCAAUUAAAAGAGACAAAGUUCUCUCUACACGGAGGACUCUUAAAUUUUGUUUUAGCCAAAGUUGCUGUCUUCUACUGUGCGUGUGGGGAGAACAACUUGUCCCCCUUUCCCCACCCCUUUCUAGCAUGACGAGUUACGAUGCCCUGCAGAGCGAGACGCAGGUAUUUCAUCUCUUGCCAGGCGGCCCUCCCUGGGGGCUGCUGUACAG